GGUGGUGGGGUGCACAGUGGUGGCAACAGCCUUGUCGGGGAUAGCAUCCUCAUUGCACAGCAGUCGAAGGCAGUGAAGGGAAUGGAAAGAAACGGAUGGAAAUUGUGAGAGACAGAGGGGAGUAGUGGCAGACACUGCGUCCGGUGUAUUAUUUGCAGCCAAAAGAAGGUGUUCUGUGGAUGGAAGUGAGUUUGGCCAAAAAAAAAAAAAAGGGGGAGGGAGACUACAGCAGGAGGCGUGUUGUUCAGAGAUAGAAGUACAGCAGAGGGAGUGGAGUAAGUGGGAAGCAAUCACAAGGGAAAUGGACCGACAAACUGUACUUCCCAACUCAAGUACAUUCACUGUGGAUUAAGGUGAGCCACAGCAUCUGUAUUUUUACUAAAACCAGCCCCAUCUCUGGCGGGAGUACCUGUGGAUUAGCACCAUGUGGAACACAGUACAGCAAAGGCAUCAGCUUUGAGGACAACUGAGGGGAUUCAGAAAGGACCAGGAAGUGACUGCGGCUCACAGCUAGUCUCUUUUCUCCACACCCCAGAACAGCCAGGCUACUAAUGAGCAAGUCGAUGUGUGGCUGUGGCUGCAGCAUCAUCUCCUCUCUGAUGAAGAGACUGGGCCGCACAGCUUGCUGCUCAGAUCUGCUCUCCUGCAGCCACACUUCAGAACAGCUGCAGCGACUGGCCACUGCUUGCCCACCUCGACCAAAGAAUGUCAAGCCCUUCUCCUCCUCAGACAGCCUAGCGAAGGUCCAGGAGGUAGCAAGCUGGCUUUUGGAAAUGAACCAGGAACUGCUGUCGGGGGGCAGCAGCAGCAGCGGCGGGCGGAGUCGGGGGCCUGGGGGCCCGGCAGUGCGAGGUAACGCCUCCUCCACGGCUCGGGCACCCCAGCAGGCGGCAGAGGAGGGCGAUGAGGAUGAACACAUGAACCGGGUGGUUGAGGAGGAAGAGCAGCUGCCGCAGAGGCCCGAGGCGUCGCAGGUUGAUGGCGAGAGAGAACAACCAUGGGCGCCGAGCGAGUCCGGAGCCAGCGACGGCCCUCGGGAGGACGGGGAAGGGGAGGAAGACGAAGAGGGCCUGCCAAAUGGAGUGAACGGAGGCGAGAAAGGAGCCCGGUGGAUGUGGGGGGCAGAGCAGCGACAACUUCGAGGGCAGCCGCUUGCUGCUGAAGAGGAGGAGGAAGAGGAAGAGGAGGAGAACAACAACAACAGCAGCACCCACCAAGAGGAGGAGGAGGCAGAGGAGAGGACAGAGGGAGGGGAGGAGCAGGGGAGGGAAGAGGAGGAGAGGGAAGAGGGUGAGGAGGAGGAAGAGGAGGAUGAGGAUGAGGAAGAGAUGGACCAAGAUAGUGAUGACUUUGAACAUUCAGCGGAGAGCGGGAGGGAGGAGGAAGAGGAGGAAGGCUCUCUCUCUCUCAGGAACAGUGUGUCUGCCCCCAAUAAUAACGAGGACUCGGGAUGUACACGCCAAAGCUCUUCCAACAAAAAGAUUGUGUUCCUGGGUCCCAGGUGCCGUAGGCUCAAGUCGCCCAAAUGAGAACCUUCACCCUCUCCUCUUACUCGACACUCCCAUCUUGUGAUCUCGUGCGAACGAGGUGAGACUUCGGGUCAUGCUCAUCAGUUAACCUUCUAAAUACAUUAAGAGCUUUAUGAAUCUAUAUACAGACUGUGCAUUAAGAUUCCUGAAGGUCUAAAGAGCAAAGAUGGUCUGGAUUCAACUGAAAACAUAACUCAGAUUUACAUUUUAAACACACUGCUUCCUGUUCAAAGGUAUGUGAACUAAAAGGGCAUGCAGAACACAUGUUCAUGUAUUAAAUAACUUAAAUGAAUAUAUGGUGUUGGGGUAACAUGAGCCCGCUUGGCUGUAGCAGGUGUAUCUCAGUACAAUGUCUCAUAUAAAUUAGUCGACGGGAAGGCAGUUUAUAUAAAUGUUUAAGGAUGUUUUAAUUUGGCACUACAGAUUUAUUACAAUAGUUUUUACAGGUGCAAGGUGUCAAGGUGCAAAUAAAAAAUGUUUUAUGUUUUACUGUUUUCUCUUUCUCUGCAGAAUGAUCUAUUAUAUCUACUACUGUAACUCUUGAAUUUGAAACCCUUUGAUGCAAAUCACCAUCACAAAAACAAACAUUGAAUGUUUUACGGUAUUUUAAGAGUACAAUUCAAAUGGGAAAGCGCAUCGCCAAAACCUGAAAGCAAAAUCCAGUCUAAUUGCAUCUUAAUUACACUUUUAAACAGUUUUUAAAUAAGCAGGAACAUAA